AACUGGAACUCCUAUGGAAGCACAGUCCUUACUACAAGUCAUAUCAGCCUGACCACUGACGUCAAGGGUGCUAAGGGAGGCAUUUUCAACAUCUAUCCUCUCUAUUCUCGGGAUUGGGAGGUUCGGUUAGCUUUCAAAGUUCAUGGUUCGACGGGCACCAUGUUUGGUGAUGGAUUUGCAUUCUGGUACACCCAAAGUCCCAUUAAGCCAGCUACGCCCUUGCGACAGGUCACAGUAUAUUUGCCGUUCAGCCAUUUAUUUUUCCUUCAUCUCUUUCUAACAGGACAUGCUCUCGGAGCGGCAGAGAAGUUCCGCGGGCUUGGAAUCUUCUUUGACACAUACAACAACCACAACGGGGAACACUCCCAUAAGCAUCCUUAUAUCAGUGCCAUGGUCUCUAAUGGCAGCACUGUGUAUGAUCACGACAAGGACGGCACUCACACGCAGCUCGCAGGUUGUCACUCUUCAUUCCGCAACCACGAAAAUGGUGCCCAGGCCAAGAUACGCUAUGAGAAGGAGAAGCUGACGGUCUCUGUUGAUGUGGGAGCUAAAAACAAGUGGUCCGAGUGUUUCAGCGUUCACGGUGUAAAACUUCCAACUGGGUACUUCUUGGGCCUUUCUGCUGAAACUGGUGACUUAACAGGUGACUCUCUACUUCCUCCCCCCUCCCCACCAUGUGUAUUUUUAACACUUCGCGCUGAUGAGCUUCUUAAUCAUUGUUUUCUUGUCAGUCUCUGA